AUGUUCGAUGGAGAUUAUGAUCACUGGUCCAUGCUAAUGGAAAACUUGUUGAGAUCCAAGAAGUACUGGAUCUUGGUGGAGCAAGGCUAUGAAGAGCCUAAACUGUUGGAGUCACUCACAGGAGCAGAACGACGAACCUUGGAGGAGAAAAAGCUAAAGGACUUGAAGGCAAGGAAUUAUCUGUUUCAAUCUAUUGAUAAGAAUAUUUUGAAAACAAUCACCAACAAAUCCACCUCCAAAGCAUUAUGGGAUUCAAUGAAGCAAAAAUAUCAGGGGAAUGCUCGAGUUCAACGAGCUCAACUCCAAAGGCUGCGUCGGGAUUUCGAAAUUCUAGAAAUGCAAAAUGGUGAGUGUGUGAAUGAUUAUAUUUCUAGAGUCAUGUUAAUUGCAAAUGACAUGAGAGGGGCAGGAGAGACCAUGGAGGAUAGACAUAUUAUUGAGAAGAGUCUGCGCACACUGUUCGACAAAUACAAUUAUAUUGUAUGCUCAAUAGAAGAAUCCAAGGAUAUCAAUAAGAUGACGGUAGAUGAACUGCACAGUUCAUUACUUGUACACGAAUACAAGAUAAAGCGGAAGGAUGUGACUGAACAAGUACUGAAGGUUACCGAAGACAAUUCUAAUUUACGAGUUGACGAACGAUUCAGUAACAGAGGCAGAGGGCGUGGAGGAUACAGAGGUAGAGGCAGAGGCAGUGCAUUCAAUAAAUCCACAGUUGAGUGUUAUCGAUGUCACAAGCUGAGCCAUUUCCAAUACGAAUGUCCCACCUAUGCCAAUUACGCAGAAAACGCAGAGUUGGAUGAAGGAGAAGAGAUGCUUCUUAUGUCAUAUGUGGAAAUGCAAGGAGCCACACGAGAUGAAAUAUGGUUUAUGGACUCCGGGUGA